AUGGAGAUAGCUGGCAGCUGUGAAACACCACUACCACUUCUCUCACUGAAUCAUGUCUCUAUACUGUGCAGAUCUGUGCUGGACUCUAUGAGGUUUUAUGAGGAAGUUUUGGGUUUUGGUCUCAUCAAACGCCCUUCCUCUUUCAAAUUCAAUGGAGCCUGGUUGUACAACUACGGUUUUGGAAUACACCUGCUAGAGAAUCCAAACUAUGAUGCAUUUGAUAACCCUAUGUAUGAACCACGACCCAUUAAUCCCAAGGACAAUCACAUAUCAUUCCAGUGUACAGAUGUUGGACUUGUGAAAAUGAGGUUGGAAGAAAUGGGGAUGAAGUAUGUUACAGCUUUGGUAGAAGAUGAAGGAAUCAAGGUGGAGCAGGUGUUCUUCCAUGACCCAGAUGGAUACAUGAUAGAACUUUGCAACUGUGAGAAUAUCCCAAUAGUGCCUAUUUCUUCUUCUUCGUGCUCUUUCAAGGCAAGAAGCCAGAGCAUUAAGAAGGCUCCCAGCAAAUGUGGUUUCAUGGAAAAUGUUAUGAUGCGAAGCUUGAGCAUGGAUAUGAUGAACUUUGCGUUUUAA